AUGCUCGCCAACAUUGCUGCCAGUCGGACAGUGAAUAUAGUCCUGCGGUCACUUCAGGUCGUGUUUGCCAUUGUCGUCCUGGGAACAGACGGAUAUGUCCAUGCCUUCCGCGGUCAUACUGUCCACGACCACUUUGCGUUUGGCGACUUUACAGACUACGUCGGCGUCCCCAGCGCCUGGGGCUUCCUUCUUUUCUGUGCCGGCUGGACCGUUCUGGGCGUCCUCGUCCUCGUCGUCGCCGCCGUCUACUUUGCUCAACAUCGCAUCAUCGGCUACGUCCUCGUGGCUGUCGAGGCCGUGGCCCUGUUGUCGUGGCUCGCGGGCUUUGUUGCCGUCGCCGUAAACAUUGGCACCAACGCCUGUCCGCUCCGCGACGGUCACGGCUGCGGCAGCAUCACGGCCGCGGCCGUCUUUGGCGGACUGGAAUGGCUGCUGUUUGCGGCGACGACGGCCAUGACGGUCAAACUGGUGCUUGCUGCGCCGCCCUGGUCAAACAGAAACAGCAGCGACAACAAGUCCACUCCGACUGUCUAA